GGCCGGGGUGGGACGAGGAAGAGAAGGGCUGGUGCCUUUUGGCGUGUGGGGCGCUGGUGGGACGGGAGGAUGGUGCUGAUCAAGGAGUACCGGGUACUGUUGCCUUGCUCAGUGGAGGAGUACCAAGUGGGGCAGUUGUAUUCCGUGGCUGAAGCCAGCAAGAACAACACUGGUGGUGGUGAAGGGAUUGAGGUGCUCACAAAUGAACCCUAUGAGCGAGAGGGGGAGCGGGGGCAAUAUACCCACAAGAUCUACCAUCUUCAGAGCAAAGUUCCAGGAUUCAUUAAGAUGUUUGCCCCUGAGGGGUCCCUUAUCGUCCAUGAGAGAGCCUGGAAUGCCUACCCCUAUUGUCGAACAGUUAUUACGAAUGAAUACAUGAAAGAUGAUUUCUUCGUCAAAAUUGAAACAUGGCAUAAACCAGACUUAGGUGACCAAGACAAUGUCCAUGGGCUCGAUGCAGAGACCUGGAAAAAUGUUGAGGUGGUUCAUAUAGACAUUGCUGACCGGACGCUAGUGUCAGAUGAUGAUUACAAACCAGAUGAAGACCCGGCACUUUUCAAAUCCAUGAAGACCGGCAGAGGUCCUCUCGGUCCUGACUGGAAGCGCGAACUAGCCAAUAACGAAGAUUGCCCCCACAUGUGUGCCUACAAGCUUGUGACAGUGAAAUUCCGCUGGUGGGGCUUACAAGGCCGCGUAGAAAAGUUUAUCCACAAGCAAGAACGACGCCUCUUUACCAACUUCCACAGGCAGCUCUUUUGCUGGUUGGAUAAGUGGGUGGAUUUAAGCAUGGCUGAUAUCCGGCGGAUGGAGGAGGAGACACAGAAGGAGCUUGAUGAGAUACGCCAGAAAGGCACAGUGAGAGGAAUGACUGCUGGGGACGAAUGAGCUCCCCCUGCUGCCUGGGUCAGGAAGUAUCAAGGUGCAGUGCCCAUUCCGACUGGAGAUUGGAUCUAUCCUUGUGGGACUCCUCUUUCUCUCUCUCUCUCCUUCCCCCACUCACUCCCUCGCCACCUUGAAAAGGGAAGAUGAUUCCUGUUAUUUUCUGUCCUGCUGGUCCAAAAAAGUUCCAAACGACACCCCUCCCACUUCUGCUAGCACAGGGAACCCCUUGACACCUCCAGUUACUUUUACUGAUCAUGAAUUAAUAGGUGCCCUCGCCACCCGCUCCGUGGGGCACAGAAGGAGGAGGCAAGGACCCUUCUGAGGUUGGGGAUGUCUCUCACCUCGCCCCUCCAGAGGCAGGGGAUGCAUGGCUAUUAAUAAUAUUAAUAUUCUUUGGAAGCGUAUUUUGGUUGGGGGGCUUUCUAUAGGAAGAGGAAAAGGAAGAUCUGGAAUGUUUAAAAGCGGGGUCUCAUGAGUAGGGAAGAGAAUGCGUCAAAACUGUUACCUUAGCAGGAUACUUUUGACAUCACUGUGGAGAGUUCUCUCACUUUUUAAGGAACACCUGAAGACUUUACUGCACUGUCAAGCCCUCAUUCACCUCCCUGUGAUGCUUUCUGCUUGAGUUCCAGCUGGGCUACGUUUGAGGGAGUCAAAACAUGCCAUUGAAUGGGCUCCUUGAUAGGCAGCAAAGUCCCCCUCCCACAUUUUCAGAGGGGACAUAAGUCACGUGGCUAAAACUUUCUGGGUCUCACAUUCCUGCUCUUUUUUCUCUGUUUAUAAACAGCUCCGGGAUGUCUUCGUAACAUAACCUUCCCCAGCUUGGUGCCUUCCUGAUGUUUCUGCCUUCAGUUCUGAUCAGCCUACGCCAUAAUGGCCAGUGGCCUGGAAUGCUGGGAGUUGUAGUUUAAAACAUCCAGAGGGCACCAGAUUGAGGAAGGCUAUCCUAUAAGGGUUUAAAAAAAAGUUGUUUCCCCUGCUCCCACCCAGAUCCCUGCUUGUGGGGGUGGUUGGGGGGCAGGUCAUUUUCUCCAUUUGGGAGAGGCACUUGAAAGCUUUUCAGCAACCCUCUGGGACUUAAGUGAGGGGGGUGGGGAGAGGUUUAAGGCCCAGUGCUGCAGUUCUAAGGAUCUGAACAGUAUUUUUUUUAAAAAAAGAAAAACACUGAAAAAUCCUUUUUUAAAACAAGUAAAACAAUAAAUGAACUUGAACUUGA